UCUACUGCUGUCUGCAAGGGCCCGGUGUAUUUUACUUUGACUAGCGUGUGAAGUCGCGCCUCGAUUGUUGAAUCCCCAACACAAAUCUUCACUUCCGUGCUUUGUUUCCCCGGUCGCCACCGCGGACCCUGCCCACCGCCUGCCUGCCCUAUAAUAAUACUCUCUCGCCUGCUUCAUCCCUCUUUUCUCUUCCACGAACCCAACCACUCACUCACUCUCACUCACCCUCCACUCUCUGCCCAAGCUUGCUUGCUUUCCCGGCAACAGCUUCGUGGUUAUCCGUCACCUUGAAGCACGACUGGAGCGUCUUCACCGACUAUACACUUAUCCUCGAAGCCUCCGACACACCCUCACUGUGCAUUUUUUUUCUUGCCCGUCUUGCAACUCUUCGACACAUCAUGCCUUCGCACCAACCCACCGCUGGCAUGCAAGCCAUUGAUCCUCAGUAUGUCUCGCAGCCCUCCGCCGCUGCCAGCACGUCUGAGCCCAACCGCAACCCCAACUACGAUCCCAAGAAGCCUCACAUCACCGACAUGCCCAUCACACGCUCCAAUUGGUACCAACAUGUCAACUGGCUCAACGUCCUGUUCAUCAUUGGUGUCCCACUUGCUGGUUGCAUCGCUGCCUUCUGGACCCCUCUGCGAUGGCAAACAGCUGUAUGGGCUGUCGUAUACUACUUCUGGACCGGUCUAGGUAUCACCGCCGGAUACCAUCGCCUUUGGGCACACAAGUCAUACAAUGCCAGCUUGCCGCUCCGCAUCUUCCUCGCUGCUGUUGGCGGCGGCGCUGUCGAGGGCUCCAUUCGCUGGUGGAGCCGUGACCACCGUGCCCACCACCGCUACACCGACACCAGCAAAGACCCCUACAGUGUCCGCAAGGGUCUUCUGUACAGCCACCUCGGCUGGAUGGUCAUGAAGCAGAACCCCAAACGCAUCGGCCGCACAGACAUCACCGAUCUGAACGACGACCCUGUUGUUGUAUGGCAACACAAGAACUACAUCAAGACCGUCGUCUUCAUGGGCCUGGUUUUCCCUACCCUUGUCGCUGGCCUUGGUUGGGGUGACUGGAUGGGUGGCUACAUCUACGCUGGCAUUCUGCGUAUCUUCUUUGUGCAGCAAGCUACUUUCUGUGUCAACUCUCUUGCCCACUGGCUCGGCGAGCAGCCUUUCGACGACCGCAACAGCCCCAGGGAUCAUGUCAUCACUGCUCUAGUCACGCUUGGUGAAGGCUACCACAAUUUCCACCACGAGUUUCCUUCCGAUUACCGUAACGCCAUCCAAUGGCACCAGUAUGACCCUACCAAGUGGUCCAUCUGGAUGUGGAGCAAGCUCGGCCUCGCCUCCAACCUGAAGCAGUUCCGCUCCAACGAGAUCGAAAAGGGCCGUGUCCAACAACUCCAGAAGAAGCUUGACCAGAAACGCGCCAAAUUGGACUGGGGUGUUCCUCUCGAUCAGCUCCCCGUCAUCGAAUGGGACGACUAUGUCGAGCAAGCUAAGAACGGUCGUGGUCUCGUCGCUGUCGCUGGUGUGGUCCACGACGUGACCGACUUCAUCAACGAGCACCCCGGUGGUAAGGCUCUCAUCAGGAGUGGCCUCGGCAAGGACGCUACUGCCAUGUUCAAUGGCGGUGUGUACCAGCACUCCAACGGUGCGCACAACCUUCUUUCGACCAUGCGUGUGGGUGUUAUCCGAGGUGGUGGUGAGGUCGAAAUCUGGAAGCGCGCUCAGCGUGAGAACAAGGAUGUCCAGUACGCCAAGGAUGAUGAGGGCAACCCUAUCAUCCGUGCAGGCAACCAAGUUACCAAGGUUCAACAACCCAUCUCCAGCGCAAGCGCGGCAUGA